UCCAUGGAAACCAGUACACAAACAAUCUCUUUUUCUGGCGACAGGACAUUUAAGACUGCUUGUGGAUACUUUUUGAAAUAUUUCAUAAAAACAUACUUUAUAUACAAACAUUUUGAAGAUGCAGGACACCAACACAAACAAAACAAAGAGAGCUGCAUCAGACAUGCCACCACCCAGUGCUGCUAAAAAGCCUCGACUUGAUGCUGAACACACAAAACAAUCCCUCAUCAGUAGUGCAUUAAAAACACUGCAGGAUUCCUGUGAUGAUCUUUUAGCUCCAAACUGGAUUGAUGCACUACUGAAAGGGAAAUGUGAACUUCCUUCACUGACAGAUGAAGAAAAAUCUGUCAUUUCCAAGUUUUGUGUGAACGAGUCGUUGGCAGAGACGUUUCUGAAAGCGGUUUUGGAGAAGAUCAAGGCGGAGAAAGAGUCUAUGGGACAUGAACUCCUGCAGUCUCUCUGUAGGGUUUAUGUGGGUUUGUGUCAAAAGAGAGGAGACUCUCAUAAAGCACAUGCCCUCGCCUACAGAUUUCUCAAAGAAGACUUUUCUCAAGCCCCAAAACUGAUAAUGGUCAUGGUGACAGCAUGGCCAAGUGUUUUCUCCUGUAACAGCCCUUUAUGCAGAGCCAUUCACAUCGUGUGCAAAAUGAAGGCAUACGGAAAGAUGUAUUAUUUGCUCAGCAAGUUUCUGCACUGGGAUACAGUAAGUAGCUGAUUCUCAUCACAACAGUU